CAGGAUUGAGUCAAGGAUGCAUAGUUGGUUCAAGAGGGCGUGUUUUCAUGUGAGAUAACGGGACUGCACUGAAGAAACGAGCAGAACUCGUAGCCGCAGCGACUUCUCCUGCAAACUCGACCGCAAAACCACAUCGCCCAGGCAGAUUUCGCUAUCAUUUUAAAUAAGCGGUUCGGAUCUUGAACUGAGCAGCGAAGUUCCGUGUUACGGUACCUUUACUUGACGUGUUUCGAUUAAUGUCGUAUUAAACCAGUAAGGAAGCUCUUGAACGAGUUAUCUUGAUUCAGUCGUUAAUUAUCAAAGCACUCAUCUGCGAUUCCGAAGAUUGGCAAGACAAUGGAGAGCGACAAAUCGGAGCCGAAAGUCGCCGAGAGUUUGGGCCCAGACAAGCCCGAGAAGAACGCAGCGAAUCCCGACGCAGAAGAGCAGCCUCUUCCCAAGGCUAAAGGGAUUAACGCCGUGGCAGUAUUGUGGACUUUUGGGAAGUGUCUGGGUGCUUUGCUUCCCGUCUACCUGGCCGGCUACUACCGGGUCAGUACCAGCUUGCUGGUGUGCGGUAUGAUGGUGUACACGGGAUGGAAGCACGCCAGAGAGGCCAAGGAAGAGAGGCUCAGGUCGGCCAUCCAGCUGUUCGGCGACGAGCAGGAGCAUGGUAGCUUGAAAAUGUCCAAAAUAAAGCGAGAUCUACCUGCGUGGGUCAACUUUCCGGACGUUGAGAAAGUAGAAUGGCUGAAUAAGGUGCUGCAACAGGUGUGGCCUUUUGUUGGCCAGUACCUGGAGAAGCUCCUGGUGGAGACCAUUGCUCCAUCUAUCCGAGCCUCAAGCAGCCACCUGCAGACACUCAGUUUCACGAAAGUGGACAUGGGUGACAAGGCCAUGAAGGUGGUAGGGAUCAAAGCACACACCGAGAACGACAAAGGACAAGUCCUGCUUGAUCUGUAUAUCAGCUAUGUUGGCAAUGUAGAAAUCAACGUGGAAGUAAAGAGAUACUUUUGCAAAGCUGGAGUCAAGGGAAUACAGUUGAAUGGGAUGAUGCGAGUCAUUCUAGAGCCGCUGAUUGGAGAUGUGCCUAUUGUGGGUGCAGUCACCAUGUUCUUCAUUCGCAGACCCCGACUCGAUAUCAACUGGACUGGAUUGACUAAUUUGUUGGAUAUCCCUGGACUGAAUGUCAUGUCCGACAGCAUGAUCAUGGAUGCAAUCGCCUCCUUUUUGGUGCUGCCCAACCGUCUGGUGGUCCCCCUGGUUCCAAACCUGCAUUUGGGCCACCUUCGCUCCCCUUUGCCCCGGGGUGUGGUCCGCAUCCACCUUGUAGAGGCCCAGAAUUUAGCAGCAAAGGAUAGCUAUGUGAAAGGGGUUAUGGCGGGCUUGUCAGACCCAUAUGCCAUAUUGCGGGUGGGUCCUCAGAUGUUCACCUCUCACCACUUUGACAACACAGACUCGCCUAAGUGGGGAGAGAUGUAUGAGGUGAUAGUCCAUGAAGUGCCUGGUCAGGAACUGGAGGUGGAGGUUUAUGACAAAGAUCCAGACCAGGAUGAUUUCCUGGGCAGGACCAAAUUGGAUUUGGGCAUUGUGAAGAGGUCCAUAGCUGUUGAUGACUGGUUCACUUUGAAGGAUACUCCAUCAGGUCGUGUCCAUCUCAAACUGGAGUGGUUGGCCUUGAUGCCUACAACUGACAGACUUGAGCAGAUCCUGAAGAGGAACGAGAGUGUGACCAGUAAGACAGCUGACCCACCCUCCUCUGCAAUCUUGGUUGUCUAUCUUGACAAAGCUGAAGCACUUCCAAUGAAGAAGGGGAAUAAACAGCCCAAUCCCAUGGUGCAGUUAUCGGUGCAGGACAUCACUCGAGAAAGCAAGACAUGUUAUACAACAGUUGAUCCAGAGUGGGAAGAAGCAUUUACCUUUUUUAUCCAGGAUCCACGCAAACAGGAUAUUGACAUUCAGGUGAAGGAUGUAGACCGAGUGCAAACAUUGGGCAGUCUGACCAUCCCCCUGUCUCGUGUCCUGUCCACUUCUGGCCUCUCUCUGGACCAGUGGUUCCAGUUGGAUAACUCUGGAUCAGCCAGUCGUAUUUAUAUCAACGCAGUUCUCAGGAUGCUUUGGUUGGAUGAGGAACGUAUCAUCGCUGAUGUAUCAUCUCACCUGGAAUCUGGAGGCAAACAGUUACCCCAGGAGACCUCUCCCCACUCUAGCUUUGCCACAGAGGGGCUGCUUAGAAUCCACCUGCUGGCUGGACAGAAUCUUGUUCCCAAAGACAACAUGAUGGGGGGCAUGGUGAAAGGCAAGAGUGACCCCUAUGUCAAAAUCAAUAUAGGGGGGGAAACGUUCACAAGCGACGUGAUCAAGACCAAUCUCAACCCCACCUGGAAUGAGAUGUAUGAGGUGAUUUUGACACAGUUGCCUGGUCAAGAGCUUCAUCUAGAGGUGUUUGAUAAAGACAUGGACAUGAAGGAUGAUUUCAUGGGCAGGCUGAAGAUCAAUCUGAAGGACAUCAUUGAUGCUCAGUACACAGACCAGUGGUACACUCUGAAUGAUGUCAAAUCCGGUCGAGUUCACCUGGUACUGGAAUGGGUUCCGACGUCCUCCGAGGCUGAUCAGUUGGAUCAGGUUCUUCAGUUCUAUUCUAGGCAGUCCUACCAGAACAAGGCAAUCCCGUCUGCCGGUCUUCUGUUUGUCUUUAUUGAACAAGCUGAUGGUUUACCAGUGAAGAAGAGUGGAAAAGAGCCAAAAGUGGGAGCAGAGAUAGUUCUUGGAGAAAUGUCCCGUAAAACUACAGUGUGUGAUCGCUCUAUUUCACCCGAGUGGAAUGAGGCCUUCUGCUUCUUAGUUCGUGACCCCAGAAAGGAUAUUCUUCAUGUCAAGCUGUCUCACAGCUGGACAUUACCCAUGGGUUCCUUAGUGAUUCCUAUCAAAGAGCUGCUUGCUGAGCCAGAGCUAGUCCUGGAUCAGUGGUUCCAUCUCGACGGAGCCUCUCCUGAGAGUCAGGUUCUUGUUCGGGCUGAACUCAAGAUGCUGAUACCGAGCAAGUGUCCCCGUGCUGGUGGUCAACCUAGGGUCUCUUUAAAAGACUCAACCCGCUUUCCCGAUCAACAGAAACGUGAGGCUGAUGUGAUCCAAAAAUCAAGUUCAGAGGAUACUCCUGUGGAAACUAUUAUUCCUCAAGUGAUGAUGCGUGAAGAGGUUGAUUUGAAGUUGCCUGAGGCUGACGUGACAGAAGAUACGAAAGGAGAAACAUCAAGUCCUGCUGUGGUGAAACCUGCUCAUACUUCACCAGACCUCAGCUUUGCCAGUGAGGGGCUAGUGAGAAUCAUCCUCAUGGAGGCUCAGGAUCUGAUCGCCAAAGACAACCUAAUGGGGGGUCUCAAAAAGGGCAAGAGUGACCCCUAUGCUAAGAUCACCGUUGGAGAGGUCACAUUUAAAAGCAACGUUGUCAAAGAGAAUCUCAACCCCGUCUGGAAUGAGAUGUAUCAGGUGGUGAUGAGGCCUCAGUCUGGAAUUGACGUCCAAGUGGAGCUUUAUGACCAGGACAUGGACAAAGAUGACUUUUUGGGAAGGUUGAACAUCAGUAUAGCAGACAUCAUUAGCUCACAGUACACAGACCAGUGGUACAGUCUGAUGGAUGUUAAAUCUGGUCGUGUCCGUCUCAUAUUGGAGUGGGUCCAAACAGUGUCCCAUAAUGGCACCUUGGACAAAGUGAUGCAGCUGCAGUCUUUGCAACUAUUCCAGAACAAGACCGUGCCCUCUGCAGCUCUGCUCUUUAUUUAUUUGGACAGAGCACACUCAUUGCCUUUUAAGAAAAGUGGAAAGGAGCCAAAGGCUGCUGCUGAGCUUGUUUUUGGUAACACAACCUAUAAAACUAAGGUUUGUGAUCGUAGCAGGUCACCCGAGUGGAAGGAGGCCUUCUCCUUUUUGGUCCAAGACCCUGCAAAAGAGAUGCUUGUCAUUAAGUUAUCCAGUGCUUGGGACCAGCCAAUGGGCUCACUCGUAGUUCCUGUCAAAGAGCUGCUGUCAGAACCUGAGCUGGUGCUGGAUCAGUGGAUGCCUCUGGAUGGAGCCUUGCCUGAGAGUGAGAUCCUAUUGAGGGCAGAACUCAGGAUAUUGAAUUCAAAGAUGACUGAAACCCCACAGCCUUGCGAUCUUCCUUCAAAGAAGACAAUCACGCUAGACACUGCGAAGGAUGAAGAUAACUCAAAGCUAACAUUAGAUGAUUCCUCUACAGUAACAAAUCAGCUGAAGUACCUCGAAGCAGAAGAUGAUCAUGCCCUUCAGCCUCCUGAUGCAUCAGUGGUGGAGGAACGAGCAGAUGCAGAAGAGCAUCCAACACAGUUGGACCGUCAGGUUCAUACAGAGGAGAUGGAGACAGAGGACAUAACGGCAGAGGAUCCGGAUUCCGCAAUGCCUGGUCUUCCUGCUGAACCCUUGGAGCCCAAAGUUGACAUUGAUCCGCAGCACACAACCCCAAGCAAGGAAUUUGCCACUGAGGCAUUGCUGAGAAUUCACCUCCUCGAGGCCCAGAACCUGGUUGCUAAGGACAACCUAAUGGGAGGGAUGGUAAAGGGAAAAAGUGACCCCUAUGUCAAGAUCACCGUUGGAGGGGUUACAUUUAAGAGCAAUGUCAUCAAAGAGAAUCUCAACCCCACAUGGAACGAGAUGUAUGAGGUAGUUUUAAGCAGCCACAGUGGUCAGGAAAUUCAACUUGAAGCUUUUGAUAAGGAUUUGGAUUCUGACGAUUUCCUGGGCAGGUUCAGUGUUAAACUCAUUGAGGUCAUGAGAUCACAGUACAUAGAUCAGUGGUACACCUUGAAUGACGUGAAGUCCGGGCGGCUUCACUUGAUCUUGGAGUGGAUUCCUAAAGUGUCUCACUCUGUCCAACUUGACCAGGUAAUGCAACUUCAGUCGCUCCAAUCUUUCAAGAACAAAGCCAUCCCCUCUGCAGCUAUGCUAUUUGUCCAUUUGGAGCGAGCACACUCAUUACCCUUGAAAAAGAGUGGGAAGGAGCCCAAAGCGGGAGCUGAACUUGUUCUUGGGGACACAACCUACAAAAGCCAGCUAUGCGACCGCAGCACCCAGCCCCAAUGGGGUGAGUCUUUCUACUUCCUCGUGCGUGACCCUAAACGACAGAUGUUCGUCCUGAAGUUGUCUAGUGGCUGGGACCAGCCAAUGGGUUCUCUGGUAGUUUGUGUAAAGGAGCUGCUCGCACAGCCACAGCUGGUCCUAGAUCAGUGGUUCCAUCUGGAUGGGGCAACACCUGAAAGCCAGGUCUUGCUGAGGCUUGAACUCAAGGUUUUGGAGACCAAAAUGGUCGAAAUGAUCAGUUCAGGGACUCUGCCUUGCGCUGACCUCAUUAGCGGGGCAGGGCAGGUGAAAUUGUCACUUUCAUUUGACCCACGAGAAGAAAAGCUGGUCGUCAUUGUACAUGCCUGCAGAGGCCUAAUGAGCGCCAGUAAAGAUGCUGUUGACAGCUACGUCUCUGUCAUGCUGCUGCCAGACAAAAACAAGGCCACCAAGAGGAAGACGGCCGUGAAGAAACGAGAUCGCAAUCCGGAAUUUAAUGAAAGGUUUGAAUACAAUUUGCCUCCGGAGGAAGUAAAGUUGAGGCACCUUAGCGUGGCAGUGAAGAAUAACGCAGCCUCCUUCAGAAGUCGUGACGUCAUUGGACAGGUGCAGAUUGAGUUGGCGGAGCUGAAGCUAGAGUCUGGUGUCACUGAAUGGUUCAUUCUGAGAGAUGAAGCAGAAUAACGAACAUGCUGAUGAUGUCGUACCUCAAACCUGGCACGGCUGCAGCUUACACUUGAUGCCUUCUCCUUUCAACUUCUAUGUAACAGAUGCUGCUGUAAUAGCCUUAACUGCACCAAACACUCCCAGCUUUAUAUGUUAAUUCAUGCCACGGAAGUGGGAAGCACUCAAAAUGCUCAUAUAAUACACAAACAUGCACUUGGUACGGACUAAAGGAGAGUUUAUAUUAAAAUGUAAUAAUAAUAGGAUGGAAGGAAGAAAAUGAAAACGCUUGAAAAACUUGUUGUGUACAGUGAAGAAAAUAAGUAUUUGUACAUCCUGCUAUUUUGCAAGUUCUCCCACUUAGAAAUCACGGAGGGGUCUGAAAUUUUCAUUGUAGGUGCAUGUCUACUGUGAGAGAGAUCAUGUAAAAAGAAAAUCCAGAAAUCACAAUGUAAGAUUUUUUAACAAUUUAUUUAUGUGAUACAGCUGCAGAUAAGUAUCUCGGAUGUUAAUAUUUGGUACAGUAGCCUUUGUUUGCAAUUACAGAGGUCAAACGUUUCCUGUAGUUUUUCCACCAGGUUUGCCCACAGCACAGGAGGAAUUUUGGCCCACCCAUCUGUCAGGUUUCUUUGAAGCAUGAUGCUACCACCCCCAUGCUUCACAGUAGGGAUGGUGUUGUUGAGAUAGUACUCAGCAUUCUUCCUCCAAACAUGGUUUGUAGAAUUAUGACCAAAAAAGUUUUAUUUUACUCUCAUCUGACCACAUAACUUGCUCCAAUGACUCCUCUGCAUCAUCCAAAUGGUCAUAGGCAAACUUAAGACGGGCCUUGACAUGUGCUGGUUGAAGCAGGGGAACCUUCCGUGCCAUGCGUGAUUUCAAACCAUGAUGUCUAGUCUAUUACCAACAGUAACCUUGGGAACGGUGGUCCCAGCUUUUUUCAGGGCAUUUGCAAACUCCUGUCGUGUAGUUCUGAGCUGUUUCCUCACGUUCCUUAGGAUCACUGAGUCCCCACGAGGUGAUAUCUUCAUGGGGCUCCACUCCGAUUGAGAUUGACCGUCAUGUUUAGCUUCUUCUAUUUUCUAACGAUUGCUCCAACAGUGGACCUUUUUUCACCAAGCUGCGUGGCAAUUGCUCUGUAGCCCUUUCCAGCCUUGUGGAGGUGUACUAUUGUGUCUCAUGUCUUUAGACAGUUGUUUUGUCUUGGCCAUGUUACAUGUUUGAGUCUUACUUAUUGUAUGGGGUGGACAGGUGUCUUUAUGCAGCUAUCAAACUCAAACAGGUGCAUCUGAUUCAGGAUAAUACAUGGACUGGAGGUGGACCUUUAAUAGGUAAACUAACAGGCCUUUCAGGGUCAGAAUUGUAGCCGAUAGACGGGUGUUCAAAUACUUAUUUGCAGCCGCAUCACACAAAUAAACUGUGAUUUCUGGAUUUUUCUUUUUGCAUGAUCUCUCUCACAGUGGAUAUGCACCUACGAUGAAAAUUUCAGACUCCUCCAUGAUUUCUAAGUGGGAGAACUUGCAAAAUAGGGUAUUCAAAUACUUACUUUUUUCACUGUAACUUCUAAAUGCCACUUAAGUAUUAAGAUUCAAUCUUUUAUAAUACAGCCUUGCUUGUUUGAAUUUGCCUUUGUAAAUUUUUUUUUUUUUUUAAUAGCAUUGCAUUUUUUGGCAUCUCCUACUGUUUGAGUUGUGCAUAUUUUCAAUUAUUACACAAUGGUUUUGUGUGCAUUGGAAGAUGUACUCGAAAAUUUUGCAUCUCCUUUGUGGUUUUUGAUUUUUAGACACACUGGCUGGACACCAGACUAUACUAGAGACCAGAAAAUAGAACAAAAAAAACAUCGUAAUACAUAUUUGGUUUUGAUUGACAUGGCGAAAAAUCAUUUAAGGAUGUGUUUUAUUGUGUUUGCAGUGAUGUAGGAGUGUCUGUAUUAUACUGAGAGUGUACUUCUUUUUUUUUUUUUAUUGGAAACAUACAUUUCAGAGACAGCUCUAUCUAUUUACAUCAGGAUGGCAAAACGUGUUGCUUUCAGGUAUGUUGAGGUUCCCACACACACAAUUCAUUCAUCCAAAGAAAAAUAAACAAGCAUAUCCCAA